UCUGAUGAUACUCGGGGGAUAGGGAGGAUGAGUCUCCCCCGCCCAAUCUCCCAUGUCUGUGGUGAAGUCCAUCGAGGUAGUGCUGCCCAAAGAUGCGGUCUACCUGGCCGGCUCUAUCAUAGACGGGCAGGUGGUCCUCACCCUCAACAGUACCCUUGUGGACCCCAUCGUGAAGGUGGAGCUUGUCGGUAGGGGUUACGUUGAGUGGAACGAAGAAAUCGGAGAGACCCGUGAUUAUAGUAGAGAUGUUAUUUGCAAUAAUAAGGCAGAUUAUGUACAUAAAACAAAAACAUUCCCAAUAAAAGAUAAUUGGUUAAGGGCAGGCAGCCACACCUUUGACUUCCAUUUCAACUUACCUCCCAGGCUCCCGUCCACCUUCAACAGUAAGAUCGGCCACAUCUCCUACUUUGUGCAGGCCCUGUGCUUGGACCGGGAGCAUAUCCUGGCCAAGAAGAAGCUGUACCUGCUGGUCCAAGGGAUUUCUGAGUUCCGCCAGAGGAAUCUAAGUGAGAACUCCGUGUCUGUAGAAGCUGAGAAGAAGGUGUUAUACAACUGCUGCAGUCAGGGCUGGGUGAGCCUGCAUGUGCAGAUGAGCAAGAACACCUAUGUGCCGGGCGAGAAGGUGACAUUCACAUCAGAGAUCCGCAAUCACACGGGCAAGUACAUCAAGACUGUGGUGUUCGCCCUCUAUGCCCAUGUGCAGUACGAGGGCUUCACACCAAGUGCCGAGAGGCGCCGGCGGGCAGACAGCAGCGAGCUGCUGCGACAGAUGGCCAACGCACGGAUUCCAGCCUUCAACAGUACCACAGUGGUUAGUGCCUUCAACCUGCCGCUGGUUUUGUCUGUGAGCAGUGGCUCCCAGGAAAAUGAGAUCAUGAGGACCAGCUAUGAGCUUGUAGUCACGAUCCACCUCCCCUGGUCCUUGUCGACAGUCAAAGCCCGACUCCCCAUCAUCAUCACCAGCACCAGGGAAGGCCAGGCCAACUGCCCCCAGCUGGAUGAGCUGCCAUAUGAGGACCAUAUGGUUUGAGUGCCUGCAUAUUAAAUAUGAAAAGCUUAUUGUAA